AUGACAAUCGGACUCGCGCACCCCCCGCAGCCCCGCAAAAACUCCAGCUUCAGCACCGCAGACCGCCGUGGCCUGGCGCUCUCCGUGUACCGCUGCUUCCAGAACUACUACCACGGGCUGCGGCUCCUCGGCCCCGACCCGCAGUACAUCGGCAACGUGCGGCUCUCCAUCAACCACUGGCAGAUCCGCGACUUGGUGCAGGUGGACGAGUCCACGGGCGCCGUGUUCCACACCUUGGACGAGCACAUCCGCGUCAUGACCAUGAAGACGCGCUCCGUGCUGGGCCCGAUCCGCACGCGCAACCACGUGUCGCUCCCGUACCGGCCCCGGUGCUUCCACCACGCCGCGGGCGGGCUCGUGGUGGCCGGCGGCGUGUUGACCACGCUGGCCCGCGCGUGCCUGAUGGGCUUGGCCAACUUGACGCUGGACUUCCUGGGCCCCGCGGCCGCCCGCCAGGCCCGCGGCCUCUUCUCCGUGCACAGCCCGGCCAUGGGCGCGGAGAUGUCGUUCCUGCUCGGCGGCAUGAUCAACAACGCGGUCAAGAUCUACGCGCAGCAGAACUCGGCCGCCGCGUACACCGCGUACGCGUGCAACAACGACCUGGGCCUCUACCGCAUCGACGUGUCGGACGCGGGCGUGCGCGGCGACCGCCGCAUCGUGUGCGACCCGGACACGUCGCUCAACAACGUGCACCUGUCUGCGGACGGCCGCAUGUUGACGGCCACGGGCGACUCCGGCGCCGUGUUCCUCGUGGACCCGGCGCUGCCGGACCCGGUGGUGCGCACCAUCUCCACGCCGCACGACUCGGGCUUCGGCAUCUCGUACCACCGCAACGAGCUUGUGUUUGCCACGGCGUUCCAGGACGGCACGUGCUGCAUGUUCGACUUGCGCAACACCUCGUCGCCGCUCCACGAGGUGCGGUCCACGCGUGCGGGCCACCAGCUGGGCGCGUUCCGCACGUGCCGCUUCCUCCACUCGCCCGUCCACGACCUCUUGGCCGUGCUGGAGCACUUGGGCCGCGUGCACCUCGUGGACGUGCGCGACCUCCUGCCGGAGAGCCACCAGGUGAUGGUGUUCCCGUUCGCGCUCGACCAGUAUGCCAGGUGUGGGCACGUGGGCACGCAGCUAGACGACGACUUUGCCACGGACACCCACCGCGCAACCAGCAUCUACAACGACGGCGCGGCGCACUUCCCGGCGCCGUUGGUCUACGACCACGACUACCUCGCGGACGUCAACCCCAACCUCUUCCGGGGUUACACGUACGAGCCGCAGCAGGCCGCCGCGGCGCCGUCUCUUGCGGCCACGAGAAGGGCACAGGAGCUGUACCGCCAGUCAGUGAGCCACGUCAACGGCGAGAUGGAGAUCGCGGGCUUGGACUGGCUCGGCAACCAGUUGCUCGUGGGUUGCGAGGACGGCGGCUUCUUGGUGUGGGACGUCAACCUGCGUGCACGCCGGAGCCUGGGCAGCUUCUCGUACGUGUGA